AUGAAAGGAUUUGGUAACAUCUUCGUUUCUUUCGGAUUUAUAAACAGGAGUCGAGGGUUUGGUUUGUGAAGAAGUAUACGAUUUACAUGACACAAGCGAUAUUUCCGACGCACUGGGGCUUAUUUUUCUGUUCAAGUGGGAGAGAGAAGAAAAUAAUCCCGGAAAAUUGGUUACAGACGACCGGUUGAAGUCAAUAUUUUUUGCAGAACAAGUUUGCCGCCUUUUUGAAUCAUUUUCAAGGUGAUAAGAAACGCCUGCGCCACUCAAGCCAUCAUAAAUGUUUUAUUAAACCUCCCAUCUUCAAAUGUAAAGAUCGGGGAGACUCUCUCCGACUUUAAAUCCUUUGUGUUGGACUUCGACAGCAAGGUCGGUUCUUUUUAUGCAUAAUUCCUGCAGAUGAAAGGCAACGCUCUAACAAAUUGCGACAAAAUACGUUCUGUGCACAACAGUUUUAGCUAGUAAGGUGAUCAUUCUUACCAUGUUGUUUGUCCAGUCCCCAAACGUUUGAGCUUAACAGCAGCAGGCAUUCCAGAGAAGAAGAUGCCUAUCAUUUUGUUGGUUAUGUUCCCAUCGAUGGCAUCGUUUAUGAGCUUGAUGGGCUGAAGGGAGUGCCGUUGGAACACGGCCCUGUUCCCACAGGGUCAUCCUGGAUCGACGUCAUCAAGCCCGUGCUGCUUAAUCGGGUGCAGGCCUGUGUUGAUGGACGCUUUAACCUCAUGGCCAUUGUUCCAAGUCGCCUCAACUUGUACGAAACUCAGUUGGAGGAAUUGAUGAAGUCGUCCGCGGUGAGUUUUUAGUUUUAAGCCCAUUCUUGGUGGUAGGAACGGUUGAAAUACGUCUAAAGUCCUACCAGUCUUGCCUAUCAAUUGCCAAACAUGAUCAUCCACGUUUUAAGGGCAUCCGGAUGUAGUUAUCCAUAUUUAACUACUCCAAUAGGUAGAUGUCUUUUGAGCAUUAAUCGUGAUCUUAUCAUUGAUACCUUACUCUUAAAUUCGGACUGUAGAUUUCAAAGUAAAUCGCCCGAGGUAGCUUGGACAAUAUCAUCUAUAAACGCAGGCGGAAGAGGUGACCGCAGUCACGGCUAGAUCACUGUUUAGAUGUGGAUGGCGAUAGUAGCAGAUAUUGUGCUGCAAAAUGAACCGCAGACCAGAGCUACGAUAAUAGCCUGACCUGUGAAAUAGAUAGCGGCACGAAAAAGAAUAAGAAGGAUAGCGAUCUCCCUCAUUAAUAUAGAGUUGGCUUUUUUCAGCCGGACAGUGAGCUUAUUAAACAACUCAAACAAAACAUCGCCGUCGAGAAGGACAAAGCGGCUACCCAGCGUACGGAGAAUAUGAGGCGUCGCCAUAACUACCUACCCUUCAUCGUGGAACUGCUGAAAGUUCUUGCCGAAAAUGGGCGUCUUGUGAGCGUCGUCAAGAAGGCGAAAGAAAAAUCAGAAAAACUGCAGGAAAAAGCGGCUGCCAAAGCCUGA